AUGGACUUUUUCUUCAGCGCCAAUCUGACCGUCUUCUCCCAUGUCUUUCACCACCCCACGACUCAACAAACCUGCGGGUUUCCCUACUCGCCUAAGCUUGAAGGAGUGAAGGGCAUGUUCAUGAAGGCAAUUGGCGGAAGUGACGCAGCCACCGGACGAACUGUCGAUCUUGUAGUCGAGCCUAUGCUGCAGCGACGUGGGGAUCCCUUGGGGUUCGAUUACAAUGUUAAAACGGCUGUACAUCCCAUGAAAGUUUGCGUGGCUUGGCUCGAGGCCCACCGCAACCAGCCAGACUCGCCAGAGGUAGACGGAGAGGAAGAACAUGGGGGAGAAACAGAUGAUGCGACUGCAGAGGAGAAGAGCGAGGAACAUGGCGACGAUGAUUCUGAGGAUGAGGGAGGCAAAGAAGUAGAGGGGCUGAUACAGGAGGGUAAGGAGAGCAGGGAGGAAGUAGACAAGGAGGAGGAUGAUAAGUAUGAAGAAGAUAAAGGGGUAAUGAAGGAGGGGAAGAAGAAUAACAAGAAUAAGGAGAGGGCAGACAACGAGGUUAAGGAUAAAGGCGUGGAAGAAGACAAUCUAACAAAGCAGGAGGAUAGACAAACACAAUAG